AUGCUCAACCUCACAGUAGCGAACGUCUUCGCGUUCAUUUUUCGGUACCUCCUUCCCAUUGGCUGCUUCUUCAACAAUUACAGCUCGGUCCCGACAGAUCGCUACAUGCCGCUGGAUAUUAAAGGCUUUCAACGCUUUCAUGGGGAGCCGGAUCCUGCACUAUCCACGGCUGAGCCGGGUGACGAGGAAGACCAAGAACCGAACCAAGCCGCCGACCCAUAUGAAAAGAUUAUCCGCGGUCCGGUCAACUACCUGGUUUCCAUACCCGGUAAGAAUAUCCGGGGCAAGCUAAUCUCGGCUUUCAACGAAUGGUUCCAUCUCCCGGAAGACAAACUGGACAUUAUCAAAGAAAUUAUAGAUGGGCUUCACACCGCUUCGCUACUCAUCGAUGAUAUCCAAGAUGGGUCGCAGCUCCGUCGGGGCCGCCCCGUAGCUCAUAACAUUUUUGGUGUGGCCCAGACAAUCAACGCAGCCAACUAUGCGUAUUUUCAGCAGCAGGAAAAGCUGGACAAAAUCGAUGAUCCGCGCGCAUUCCCUAUCUUCACCCGGGAACUUCUAAAUUUGCAUCGGGGUCAAGGGAUGGAUCUCUACUGGCGCGAUGCGCUGGUGUGUCCUACGGAGGAGGAAUAUAUCCAGAUGGUUAUCUACAAAACCGGGGGUCUGUUCCGAUUGGCGCUGGAGUUGAUGCAGAUCCAAAGCACCGUAACGACGGACUUUUCCCGACUGGUAGAGUUACUUGGCGUCACUUUUCAGAUCCGCGAUGACUACAUGAACCUGCAGGACGGGCUCUACGCAGAGAAGAAAGGGCUGAUGGAGGAUCUGACUGAGGGCAAGUUCUCUUAUCCCAUCAUCCACAGCAUCCACGCGGCUCCCGGCAACACACAACUCAUCAGCAUCCUCAAACAACGCAGUGAGGAUGAGGCGGUCAAGCUAUACGCCGUGCAGUACAUGGAGUCAAUGGGGAGUUUUCAGUAUUGCCGAGAAGUGUUGAGCAGGCUGAUGGAGCAGACUCGCAGCUAUAUUAGCGAGUUGGAAAGCUCAUUGGGUCCCAACCGAGGACUCCAUUGUAUUCUCGAUUUACUUCAUGUCCAGCCACCCAAUAGGAAACCCAGAAUCUGA